AUGGCUACACAAAUAGCCAUUCUGGAUUGUGACCUGCUGCUCCAUCAUGGUCGUGGACAUACAUUUCUCGACAGGUUUGAUAUAGAGACUGUUUCAGAUGAGUUCCUAUUAACAACAUUUGGAUUCCCUCGAUAUUUCAUCUACUACCCGGUGGAUCUACUGCGUGACACUUUAUCACGAUGUACGCAACGGUCUCGAGCAAUCAGCCCAGAAGUUCAGAUUCUUGCUGCUUUAGGAUUCUAUACCUCAGGAUACUUCCAGACGAGGAUGGGAGAUGCCAUUGGCAUUAGUCAGGCUUCCACGAGUCGCUGUGUGACAAAUGCAACCAAGGCACUGGUUGAGAAAGCUCCAGAGUGCAUAGGAUUCAUGAGAGAGGAAGCCACAAAACAGCAAUCCAAAGAGGAGUUUUUCAGGGUAGCAGGAAUACCUAACGUCAUGGGGGUUGUAGACUGUGCCCAUAUAGCCAUUAAGGCACCCAAUGCAGAUGAUUCUUCAUAUGUCAAUAAGAAAGGCUUCCAUUCAAUAAACUGUCAACUUGUGUGUGAUGCCAGGGGACUUUUGCUCAGUGCAGAGACUAACUGGCAUGGCAGCUUACAGGAUAACUGCAUAGCAGAGCAGGAAAUUCACAAAGGCUGGUUAUUAGGAGACUGCCACUAUCCUUUAAAGAAAUGGCUGAUGACACCUGUCCAGUACCCAGAAACUUCAGCAGACUUUCGAUACAACCUGGCUCACACUGCCACUCAUGACAUUGUGGACCGCACGUUCAGGGCCAUUCAAACCCGUUUCCGUUGCCUGGAUGGGUCCAAAGGCUACCUUCAGUACUCACCUGAGAAGUGCUCUCGCAUCAUUCUGGCCUGCUGCGUCUUGCACAACAUGUCAUUGCAAUCAGGCUUGGAUGCCUGGACGUUUGAGAGGACUGAUAUACCAGACCAGUCAGACGACGGCAGUCGAAAGCCAGAGGCUGUGGACUCGGAGGCAGUCCGAAUCCGCCAGGAGCUCAUUCUUAGUCACUUCAGCUAGGUCUGCAUGCUCAGAAUCAACAGGGAAAACACUAUGUUCCACAGAGACACUGCCAGCAAUAGAGAAGUGGUUGACACCAGAUUCUGUAUAAGCAGAAAGAAAGAUGAUUUUGUGACUAAUAUAGGUUUUAGUAGGUGUAGAUGUACAGUUUCAGAAAGUAUUCAUACCCCUUGGCUAAUUCCACAUUUUGUUGUUGGAUUCAUUAUUUUUCUCACCCAUCUACACACAAUACCCGCUAAUGGCAAAGUGAAAACAUGUUUGCAAAUUUAUUGAUAAUUAAAUGUGUAUCCUAAAAAACUCUGUAGUCCUUUCUGAUGACAAGCAUACCCAUAACAUGAUGCAGCCAACACCAUGCUUGAAAAUAUGGUGGUACUCAGUGAUGUGUUGUGUUGGAUUUGUAUGUAUAUGUAAAAUGUAUGUAUAUGUAGCAGAAAAGCUGUAAAAAAAACUUUGAAAUAUAUAUUUCUCCUCCAAAGAGGGGUGGUGGUGGAGGGGUUAAUACUUUUUUUCUCAACAUGCUCACAACAUGCAAUUGGAUCCAAAUUAUAAACAUUUGGAUACAGGGAAAAAAAUGGUGCAAGUCAAAUUCUACUCAAAUAGUGUAUUUGGCGGGUUGUGAGCAUGUUGAGAGAUGUGUCCGUUCUUAGGGCUUGAUUCAAUAAGAUUUUUUUUAAAGUGCAUGUUUUGGAUUAUUUGUAUUCUGUACAGGCUUCCUUCUUUUCAUUCUGUCAUUUAGCUUAGUAACUACAAUGUGUUCGAUCCAUCCUCAGUUUUCUCCUAUCACAGCCAUUAAACUCUUAAAGUCACCAGUCUCACGGUGAAAUCCCUGAGCGGUUUCCUUCCGAUCCAGUAAACUGAGUUAGGAAGGACACCUGUAUCUUUUUUUAAAUUUAACUUUUAUUUAACUAGGCAAGUCAGUUAAGAACACUGAGCUCAGCACGCACUGAGCCCCAAUUGCGCGCCGCCCCAAUGGGACUCCCAAUAACGGCCGGUUGUGAUACAGUCGGAUCAAACCAGGGUCUGUAGUGAUGCCUCUAGCACUGAGAUGCAGUGCCUUAGACCGCUGCACCACUCAGGAGUGACUGGGUGUAUUGAUACACCAUCCAAAGUGUAAUUAAAAACUUCACCAUGCUCAAAGGGAUAUUCAAUGUCUGCUUUUUAUUUUAUUUUUAUCCAUCUACCAAAAGGUGCCUCUUUGCGAGGCAUUGGAAAACCUCCCUGGUCUUUAUGGUUGAAUCUGUUUGGAAUUCACUGCUCAACUGAGGGACCGUACAUAUAAUUGUAUGUGUGGGGUAAAGAGAUUAAGUGGUCAUUCAAAAAUCAUAUUAACCACUAUUAUUGCACACAGAGUGAAUCCAGCAGCUUAUUAUGUGGCUUGUUAAGCAAAUGUUUACUCCUGAACUUAUUUAGGCUUGCCAUAACAAACGGGUUGAAUACUUAUUGACUCAAGACAUUUCAGCUUUUCAUUUUUAAUUAAUUUGUAAAAAAGAGGGCAGGGUGUGGUGUACAAGAUGUAUAUGCUCCAAUAAAUACAUGUGUAAAUGA